UUAAUCAAAGAGCAACAAAUAUUGACGGUAUUUUUUUUAAAUUUUUCCACGGUCACACUUUUCAAUAGUAGCUAAAGAUGAGGCGUUUGAAUUUAGUAACUUUUGUUACAGCCGUAUCUGCUUUUUUUUUUGGUAGUUUUUUUUCUAAAAUACUUAGUUGGGUAGACCAAUGCCCACAACACUUAAGCAGGGAGUAUCAAAAGGAGCUGUAUCCGAAAUUUUUUCUAGUGGUGUUGGUGUUGAGUCCGCCGCGUAACGCUGAGCAAAGAAACACCAUACGGAGAACCUGGCUCCAAAAUGCAAAUCAGCUCUUCUAUCAGCCUUAUUUACCCGAAGAAUUAAUUUAUCUUCCAACAUACAGUCCUGAUGGCCAUUUGCAGGUGGAGUUAGUCGAGCACCAGGAGAAUCGACUGAGGCAGUAUAUGGAAUGGCGCGACAACGUGCUAACCAGUGAUUUACCAAAGGAAAGGAAAAAGCGGGGAUGGAUUAAAGUUAAGCACGUUUUUGCCAUAGGCACGUGGAAUAUCAGCAGCUACUUACAAGCGGAGCUGCUGAAGGAGGAGAAGCAAUACGCUGAUCUUCUCCUUCUACAACGCCACCAUGAUACAUACGGCAACCUCACGGAGAAGCUGUUACAGGCCCUAGAUACUUUGAGGUACCACUAUGAAUUCUCAUAUGUGAUUAAAGUAGACGACGACACAUACGUUAAACUAGACAAUCUGGUAAAUGAGCUUGUUUCCUACGAUCAAAAAUUACUUCGCCAAAAAUCUAACUAUGGCCACCAUCCCUUGCCACAGUUAUAUUGGGGCUAUUUCAAUGGUCGAGCAACGGUAAAAACUAAAGGCCAGUGGAAGGAGACUAAUUAUUAUCUGAGCAAAAACUACCUGCCGUAUGCCCUAGGCGGCGGAUACGUCUUAUCUCGAAAACUGUGCGAAUAUAUUGUUAAUAGUUCCAAAAUCCUCACGCACUAUGUGUCAGAGGAUGUUUCUGUAGGCACUUGGCUAGCUCCAUUGCGUCACGUUUAUCGCUGGCACGAUCCUAGAUUCGACACCGCCUACAAGCCUCGAAAAUGUCAGACCUAUCAUAUGGUCUUGCACAAACGGAAUAUAAAAAUGAUGUCAGACAUAUACGGUGGCAAACUCUGCAGUGGUAUAAACUCCAGCUCAUUAACUGCAUACUACUACGAUUGGUCAAGAACAUCGGAAAAAUGUUGCGAUAACUUAGUAUUAUAAUCAUACUAUCGCUUAGAAAAUAGUUUAUUAGCUUACCUGUGCUUAAUUAACCAUUCUAUGCGGUCGUCUGUUUCAAUAAGACUAGCUACCACAAUAUCCUUGGGGGCCA